GUUAUAUAUACACCACUCCACAAGUAUUAAUUUUAUCAUUGUACACAAACUGCUCCAAUGAUGUGGCUGAAGUUCCAGAAAAGAGACUAAUCUUUCACAGGCCAGCCUCACCCCAGCACGUAGCUCUAAAUUUUUCCACGCCUCCCUCCUCCAAAUUGCCGCAGCAGUCCGUAGCCUCCCUCCCACUCCAACGUCCACCACCGCAACACUCAAAAUCUUUGAGAUGACUGAUCCAACUCGACCCGAGUUUGACAUCCUGGACUCAGAAGGACUUGAGUACCAUCGCUGGGUUUCUGACAUAGAACUCACUUUUGUGGCUAAAGACUAUUCCGCCACGCUUGCCGACCCUGAAAGUUUAAAAGGUAAUGCACCGUCUGAAAAAAUAAAGGUUGCUGCGUUAAUGUUCCUUAGACGCCAUAUUGACCCUAGCUUACGCUGGGAAUACUUACAAUUGAAAACCCCCAAAGAACUGUGGGACGCACUAAAAGGUCGUUUUGGGAACAUACAUGACACAUUGCUCCCCGAACUGACAGUGCAAUGGAAUGAAAUCCGCUUAGUCGACUACAAAAAGAUCAACGAUUUUAAUAAGGACAUGUUACGCCUCAAAGCGCGCCUUAAUUUCUGUGGUAAACCAAUCACAGAAGAUGAAAUGAUGGAUAAGACCCUCUCCACUUUCCCUACCUCAGCACUUAUACUAGCGAACCAGUAUAGGUUGGAGCAUAAUAACAAAAGAAUAACCACAUUUAAUCAGUUAAUUAAUUUGCUCCAAGUUGCUGAAAGACAAAAUCAAGUUCUCUUGAAUAACAAUGUCAGACUAGUUGGGACAAAGAAAAUUCCCGAGGUCAACUAUGGCAAAGAAAACACUGGAAAGCACCCUAGUGGAAGAGGAGAGGGUCGUACUCGUGGAAGGGAGCGAAACAAUCGCGGCGGGCGUGGAGGCCGAGGUACGGACCGUGGAGGAUUUUCCAAAGUGUGGAAGAAAGAUACAAGCGGCGGGACUAAUGGUCAAACUAACAAGGCCCAUAACGCACCAUCAAAACGUCCAGUCAAAUGAGACCGAGUUGGGGAAGAACCAUGCUACAGAUGCGGAGUUUCAGGUCAUUGGUGUAACACCGUCCCCAAAUGUAUUUAUCUUUAAGCGAAUAAUUUAUUGAACCCUAUGGAAUUUUUAGUGAAUUUACGAGGUUGUGAAUUUGUAUUAACUUUUUUCGCGUGAAUAGUAAAAUGCACGUGGGGCCCACAUCGGGAGUGGGGACCGCCCGAUAUUAUCG